UCAUGUGUCGGCGGGUAAGAAGCACAAUGGAAGCGGCGGAAUGUGCCAACGCGCUUCACGCGAAGAAUGUAUCUUCGCCCGGGACAGCCAGCACCGCUACACCCUCCCGCUAGCCACACGAUAGUCAGACAUGCCUGGCACAUCGUUCUAUGGGACGGCGUUUCAUCUGCUCAAAAGUCGCGACAUGGCGCCGUCCACUGCCUGUCGCCGCGCAUCACUUCUCUUCAACCAUGGCUUGUCUUCGUUGCUCGGGGCGUGCAAUGCGGGCCUUUGUUCUCCUCUGGUCCACCGCGGUAGUCGCUCAUAUGGAAAUGAGCUGGCCAUAUGCCUUACACUCCAAGUUUAACCCGGCUAAUGAUUACACGGCCAUUGACUACAGCAUGACAUCGCCCUUGUCGGCCGAUGGCUCCAACUUCCCGUGCAAGGGCUAUCAGAAUGAUCGACCUUUCGUUCCAGUGGUCACAUAUGUUGCUGGCUCGACAUAUAAUCUAACAUUGGCUGGGACGGCGAUGCACGGUGGUGGCUCCUGUCAAAUAUCUCUCAGCUACGACAAUGGAGCUACAUUUCGCGUCAUCAAAAGCAUCAUUGGCGGAUGUCCACUGGCGUCAACAUACGACUUCACUAUUCCCUCCUUUGUGCCGGAAGGUGAUGCUCUCCUAUCAUGGUCUUGGCAAAAUCACGCGGGCAAUCGCGAAAUGUACCAGAAUUGUGCCCAAAUUACCAUCAGUCCUAGUGCAAGUCAACGCAGAAAAAGGCAGAGCUUCAAGACGUUUGAAAGCCUACCCUUCAUCUGGAAGGCCAAUCUUGAGGGCGUCAAUGGCUGUGCCACUACGGAGAGGAAUGAUCCUGUGUACCCAAAUCCGGGCCCUGAUGUCGUAUACGAUGCUGGACACAGUGCCUCAAGCGUUGCUACCUCAGGAACGUGUGACUGGCCAGCUCCGUACGGCAUGACAUAUAAGGACUUGGGGGAUAGUACCUUGCCACCAGGUAGUGAUAGCUCACCCACUUCUGAAUCCGAUCAGAUUGCGAACGAGGCUCCGGAUUAUAUCGACGCACCCACCACUGCUCCAGAGCCAACCCAAGCUGCAGUCACAUCUGAAGAACCGCUGGGAGACAGCGCCACCGAGACUAGCUUGGUCGUUCGAUCUGCGUCCAUUACUGCUGCUGCGACUCUCCUCGAUGCGCCCAAAAAAGUCGUGGCCUCAGACAUACGCACAGUGACCGUUACAGCUGAUUGUGAGACUACGAUCACCGUCACGAUACCCGUAGGGACUCCAGUACGCACUAUGCUUACGACGACACGUACGAUGCCAUCGAGUCGUCAAGCCGGUACUGGAGCCACUUCGACACCUCAGCCUACGUACGCCACACAAGAUGCUAAUGCCUUCUAUCUUCCUUGCGUACCUGGCACAUUCUUAUGUAAGUCCAUCCUCACAUAAGCCUCUGACUCUAGGCAUCGGUCACUGAUUCAAGGUCGCCAACACAGGCACCAGUCGUACAACGUUCCUGACUUGCAACUACAAUGAUGGCACGGUCGCAUCUGACGAAACCUGGGUCUACUUGACGAGCCAAGAGCGCACCGUGGCUGCGGGCAUGGAGUGCCUGCCGAUGCUUGCACCUCAUGCAAAUUCUGUGCCACUUCAGGAGCAGCAAGGUAGCACUCCAGUGGGACAGUACCGAGACGAUCGCUAUGUUGCGGCGCGACCUGAAGGCCCAUGUGACGUUAACGGCAGCCUGAAAUGUACCGACAAUGGUCGACUUUUCAGUGUUUGUGAUACUGGCGGCUGGU